AUGCUGGCGGAAGACGCUCGGGUCUCCGCAGGCAGUGAGCGCAUGCGCGGUGGGGGUGUCCCCCCCCCAUCGCCCGGCUCGCCCGGCUCCAGAUGCGCCUUUGAUCUCCCGGUCAGCGCGGGCCGCGCGUUCGAGACCCGUCCGAGGCCAGCGGCGGGCAGGUGCGCUGCGUGGAGGCCUCGUGGGGAGAUGGUGUGUCAUUGGGCGCUCCCUCGGGGCAGGAUCCAGUUCCCCCUUUGCACUGCCGCGGGAGGCCGGACGGGGUGGGCAAUGGGCAGAUCCCGGCGGGUCAGGUAGAUCCCGGCAUUGGUGGUCUUCUCCGAGAGAGGGUGGUUUGAUGGUUCGGUUUUCGGGGAGGAGGAUGGAUGCGCCUUCCUCCCUCCCUCCCUCCCAAAUGUGGGGGUUCGGGGCCCUUUUGUUGCUUCUGCUGGGGUGGGGGGAGUCCCGGGAUCCCUGCCCUCAAGUUUAGCCCAUUGGGCAGGACCGAGACGCUUCCGAGCACACCAUUGUCCCCUCCAACCUGCCCUGUUUGCAAAGGGACCCGCCCUUUUAAAAUCGAAACUCCCGGAGGCAGUGAUGCUCCUGAAUGCCAACCACCGCUGAGCGCUACUGUUUGCUGGUUUCUCCUAAAGGGCAUCUGCUUGGCCUCUGCGUCAGGGCAGGAUGCAGGACUGCGCGGGGUGGGGACCUUGGCCUGAUCCAGACUCUUAAUUUUCAUGCUCUUAGCAUGGCCCACUCUGCCACUUUCCAGUGGAGAGAAGGUACAACUAGGUUCCUUGAUAAAUAAAAAGACAAUAAAGUAAAUCUUUCUGGCUCAUCUUAGGGAAGAGAAGGGCUAUCACUCUGAGUGGGUGGAGCAGGGGGAGGGAGUGCUGGCCCCCUCUCCCUUACCCGUGGGGGGGGGGGUCGCCUGCACAGUGGCAGUGCCAACCAUGCCCACAGACAGAGCGAUGUUAGGGCCUGUGGCUUUCCGAAAACCAAAUGCUUGCUCAUGCUCUGAGCAGAAUGCUGUGCUGUUUGUGGGGGCUUUUGCAAAGUGGCAGGUCAGCCCUUCAAGAGACAAUGUGGGGAGCGAAAGGGACACUUACCAUGUGAGGUGGGGGGGUCAGUUGAGGUGUAACAAGCUGAGUGACCUGCCUUGCCUUUCAGUGAUGUUGCUGAGGCGCAGGUGUGGCAUUGGCCAGGCUGCCCUGGAGGUGGGACUAUUCUCUCCACAGUACAGGUACACUGCAGGUGGGCACUCAGCCAGCCCUCUGCCCUCACUGCUGUGUUCCCUGUCGGCAUGGGGCAACCUGCUUACUUUCAGACUGCCUCUGUCCGCCCUGCAGAGUCGUCCAGUUUCCAAAGCUGCAGUUGCAAACCACAAGCCUACACUGAAGGAGUGGUUAGGAGAACACCACACUGCUUGCCACCCUUUAGCUCUCUGCCCUGAGCCAACUCCUAGGGAGUGAGGUCCCUUUGGCCCUCCCCUACAAUAAAAUGAAAUAUUUGAGGGGGCUGGCCCCUCCCCCCAAAGUGAAUAGGUGUUGCAAUUCAAAUGUCUUGGGAGUUACCUGCCUGCCUCCAAUGUUUUAUUCAAAUUGGCAUCCCUGAAGCAGGGGCAGACCUACAUUCUCAGGGCCCUGAAGCCUGAACUUCACAGGCAGUAGCGAGGUCUGCGUAACCACUGUUAUCUUCUUCAAUGGGGUUGUUCCAUGAUAAAUCACCACACCUUUACAAACCUCUGUGCUAACAGCUCUCAAGCUUUGAGAUUGUUGAAAUAUACGCAACAAAAAAUUAAUCAAUUUGAGUCGUGUCACUCAAAUCUGGCCUAGUAAAGGUAAAGGGACCCCUGACCAUUAGGUCCAGUUGUGACCAACUGUGGGGUUGCAGCGCUCAACUCGCUUUAUUGGCUGAGGGAGCCGGCGUACAGCUUCCAGGUCAUGUGGCCAGCAUGACUAAGCCACUUCUGGUGAACCAGAGCAGCACACAGAAAUGCCGUUUACCUUCCUGCCAGAGCGGUACCUAUUUAUCUACUUGCACUUUGACGUGCUUUUGAACUGCUAGGUUGGCAGGAGCAGGGACCGAGCAACGGAAGCUCACCCCGUCGCGGGGAUUCGAACCGCUGACCUUCUGAUCGGCAAGUCCUAGGCUCUGUGGUUUAACCCACAGCGCCACCCGCGUCCCUCUCAAAUCUGGCCUACUAUACCCCAAAUUUUUAAGCCAAAUGUAGACGAAGGUCGCUUCUGGGGCCCCUCUGGGAUUAAGCUUUGUUAGUUUCAUAGUAGAUCAGCCCUUGCCCCGAGGACAUCAGAGGAGCCCUGUUGGAUCAGAGGCCUUUUGUCUUCUGGUUCAGCAUUCUGUUGGAAGAGUGGCCAGCUAGAUUUGCUUUUUUAUUUUAGCUCAGCAGCAGAGCACCUGCUUGGCAUGCAGAAGGCCCCAGGGCCUGUCCCUGAUGGCAUCUUCAGGAAGGGCUGGGCAUUGUUCCCUGCCGGAAAGCCUGAAGAACUAUUGCUGCCAGUCAUGGCAGAACUCAAUGGACCAGUCAGUGGUCAGACUCAGUCUAAGUAAUUCCUACAAAUCCACAAGUAGAAUGCAAGCACCAUGGCCUCUCCCCCCACCCCCCAACGACUGAUAUGCAGAAACAUGACAUCCCUGAAUCCUUCUGGAAACCUUCCAAGCAGCAUGCAGUCACAUGGGCUGGUAUUCAUAGAAAGGCCUUUUUCACAUCCUCCUCUGCUGAUUUAUUGAAUCCCUCUUCAAAGCCAGCGGCUGCUGCCACCCCUUGUGGCAACGAGUCCCACAAAUUAAUAGGCGUAUCAAAGAGGUGGAGAACCUCAAGCCCAGGGGGUGAAUGCAGCCCUCCUUACCUCUCUGUCUGGCCCUUAGAACUCUCACUAGUGUGUGGAGUGUGUCCUUGACCUCUGGCUCUUCCCUGGAUGGAGGAUAGAGAGCAGAGCAAGAUGUGUGUGUGUGUGUGUGUGUGGAAACAGGCCUACCAUACAAAGGUGAAAUUUGCAUCUGUUGCCCUGCCAGCUUCUCCCCCUUGGCUCCACCCCUCAUUUGCAUGUGGCCCUUGGAACAUUGCCUGGCAGGGAUUGUGGCCCUCAGUCUGAAAAAGGUCCUCUUCCCCUGGCAGGCACUGGAAAUGCAGGAGUGGCAGGCAGGAUUCCUCUCUCUACUGUGGUGGAAGAGAGAGACAUACACAGGGGCUCCUUAACAGCUGCCCUCUCACUAAUGGAGGUGCUUUUCCCCUCUAGACCUUUCCUCUACUGCCAUGAGUGGGAAGUCACUGCUGCUGAAGGUGAUCCUCCUGGGCGAUGGCGGCGUUGGGAAGAGCUCCCUCAUGAACCGCUACGUCACCAACAAGUUUGACUCGCAGGCCUUCCACACCAUUGGGGUUGAGUUCCUCAGCCGGGACCUGGAGGUGGAUGGGCGCUUUGUGACGCUCCAGAUCUGGGACACAGCUGGGCAGGAGCGCUUCAAGAGCCUGCGGACCCCUUUCUACCGGGGGGCUGACUGCUGUCUGCUGACCUUCAGUGUGGAUGACCGGCAGAGCUUCGAUAACCUGGGCCACUGGCAGAAGGAGUUCAUCUGUUACGCCAACGUGAAGGACCCUGACCGCUUCCCCUUUGUGGUUCUGGGCAACAAGGUGGACAAGCUGGAGAGGCAAGUGACCUCUGAAGAGGCCCAGGCCUGGUGCAUGGAGCACGGCAACUACCCCUACCUGGAGACAAGUGCCAAGGACGACACCAACGUGGCUGUGGCCUUUGAGGAAGCUGUGUGGCGGGUGUUGGCCAUGGAGGAGCAGCUGGAGCACUGUGUCCUGGGCCAUGCGGUUGACCUGCAUACCAGCAGCAAGGCAGGCUCUUCCUGCUGCUGAGAGAAGCCAAAGGGGAGGGGAAGGGCACAUCCUGGAACAGUAGAUGCCAGGUGUGGGGGCCCUCAGGCUGCAGUCAGAGUGGAGGGCAGAGGGCUUUGAGAAGAGGACAGCUGGAAGGUCUCGUUCUUGCAUCAUUGCAUACCUAACCCACUGAGCAGUGUCCAGAUCAAGGGAUGUAAUAGUUCCACUCUAUUCCUCCUUAGCCAGACCACACCUGGAGUCCUGUAUCCAGUUCUGGGCACCACAAUUUAAGAAGGAUAUUGGCAAGCUGGAAUGUGUGUAGGGGAGGGCAAUCAAAGAUGAUCAAGGGUCUGGAAACCAAGCCUUAUGAGGAACGGUUGAGGGAACUGGGUAUGUUUAGCCUGGAUAACAGGAGACUGAGAGGAGAUAUGAUAGCCAUCUUCAAACAUCCCAAGGGCUGACACAUGGAAGAUGGAGCAAGCUUGCUUUUUCCAGCUCCAGCAAGCAGGACUCAAACCAUUGGUUUCAAGUUACAAGAAAGGAGAUUCUGACUAAACAUCAGGAAGGACUUCCUGACAGUAAGAGCUGUUCAUUAGUGGAACGGUCUCCCUCAGGAGGUUGUGGAUUCUCCUUCCUUGGAGGUGUUUUAAGCAGAGAUUGGCUGUCUGUCACGGGUGCUUUAGUUGAGAUUCUUGCAUUGCAGGGGGUUGGGCUAGAUGAACCAUGGGGUCCCUUCCAGCUCUAUGAUUCUAUGAGCAAACCCCAAAGCCUUGUUUAGAGGAAAGUAGGCACCCAUACUUCUCUGUCUGUCCCGAUAUUGGCUCUCCCUGGUUCUCAGGCCAGGAUGGGGCCAUUGCUACCUGGAACCUGCUUAACUGGAGAUGCCGCUGCCAGACGUUUUGCCCUGCAAAGUUCUGCUUGCAAAGCAGCUGCAGCCUCAUUUCAGCACUUUGUUGCUGGGGCUUCCAGGGAGAGUGAAGGUUUGCAGCAAAAGUUGCAAGGUGUCCACAGUAAGCUGGGAAAUGCAGCUGUUGGCUUCUUGCUGCCCUUUCUGGAUAUGGCUGCCAAAGUGGUGGUGGUGGGGGGGGCUGAGAAGAGAGUGGGAAGUUUACUGAGCAGGAACCCACCCCUCCCUGGCCUUGAUUGGGAAGAGGCUACAAAAGUUUGGGGGACGGAGGGGGAAAGACAUGCUGGAGGUCUGCGAGGGGAAUCUCAUGGGCUGGAAUCAGUGCCUGGGAGGGGCGACACUCAGUUGUGAGUACGGUCGCCUGCUUGUUGCUUGGCAGUGCAGCAAAGUGAGUGUUAGCAGGGAGUUGCUUGCAGACAGAACAGAACAGUCCAGCCUGCACAAACAGGGAUUCUUGUCUCUCCAUGAGAGCCCAUUGCUUUUGCUCUCCAUCCUGUUGUGGGAAGUAGCACCGUGUCUCACCCUCCCUGAGACAUCUGUGACAGAAGCUCACUUGCACCAAGCCACGCCCAACUGGCCAUGUUGCAGUCUCGUGAAGAGGAAGAAGGCCCAAGGGGGACUGUGUGCAGCUGCAGGUGCAAAUGCUGCAGCCUCGCUUGAUCGCUCUGUUGCUCCCAGAUGUAGAGGCGUGUCUUCCAAUCUCUUGCUGCAGCUGUGCCAUGCGUCUAGCCUAGGUUUUGACACUGCAUUAGGGUUUCCAUAUUUCAAAAAAGUAAAAACCAGGACACCCUGAAAGUUGUUGGGCUUUUUUUUUAUAGGAAGACCCCAAAGCGCCACCUUUCCGAACCGCUCCACCAACGUCAAUUCCGCCUUUGAAAUCCCAGUAAUGUCUGGGGAAAUCCGGACAUAUGACAACCCUACACUGGAUGGAACUUCUGUUGUCACUUCCUGCACAGGGUGGACUGUCAAGUGUUGAUGGCAAACGAGGAACUGCAGCCCCUCCGGACUGUCUUCUGCAACAUGUUUUUGACACAAUAAUAGUGCAUUAGGGGUGGCUAUAUUCUGGAGUGUCCACACCUAAUCCUGCUUUAUUAGCUCCUCUGAGAUGCUUUCCCAAUGUCAUGGCAAUAUUGUUGCUGGAGGGGCUAUAGUGCAGCCAAAGUGGGACAAAAUAGGAUAUAAAAAGUGACACAGUUCCAACAGAAAGUUACAAGACCACGCACAAACUGGAAACAAAUCAGUGUGUCCACUUCAAAACCUUUGUAGGUGCAAAGGGUAUUGAAAGUGGGCUUGUGUAUAACUGUGUAUAACUGCCUUGAUACUAUCAUGAGCACAAGUUGCAUGGCAGGGUGUUGGACCUGAUGACCCUCAGGGUCCCUUCCAACUCGAAAUCAUCACAAAUGCACAAAUGGAAAAGACGUUGAGUAGCUGCCUCAGAGCACUUAGAGGGUGCCACAAGUUUCUCUGCACCGUGUGGCAUCAGAAAUGCUGAUCAUGUCUCUGGCGGGAGCAAGGCUCAAGAUCUGUGUCACCCAGAGACAGGGAUACCCCUGCCCUGAGCACAGACAAGCAAUCUCCAAUGCCUGCUGCUGCUACUGCGACACUUGAACUACUGGGGGCUUCUCUUGGUUAGGUUGCAGAAGAGGGUGGAGAAAUGCACACAUGUGCGUGCGCACACAAAACCCAAACUGUGACCCAUAAAUCAGCCAGCUUGAGACUUUGCCCCUGGCACAUUGCUGGGUUCCCAUCAGUUCCCAUUUCCUCCAUUCUGCUGUUACAGAGCAGAGCGAUGCAUGUCUUCCCGCUGCUCCUGUCCUGGGGGGGGGGGAGCAUUUUCCCACCAGAGUUCCCAGCUCAGUGCUGAGGGUUAAGGCCAUGAGGGGCCUUGUUGUGGUCACUUCACACUAGGCGCUAAUAGGCUGUGCUCGCUUGAGAGCUGUUAAUCUGAUGUUCUCCAUGCUUAAUGCCACUCUGCCAUGAAAUGUGGAGCAUUAGGUGGGCAACCUCUGCAGGGACUCCUGGGAAGCGGAACCCUUCAUUCCACAGAAAAAUAUGCCUGCAAGGGCAAAGCUGCCACUUUGGGGUGGGGUGGGGUUUGGCUGGCAGCGUUGAGCCCCCAGAUGCCUUCCAGUAGUGAGUGGGAAAUGCAGGCCACUAAAAGACCACCUGCUUUUCCCCCCCUACUUGGUAGCCUGCCUUUUCCUGCCGGUUGGUGUUUUACAGCUGCCAGCCCAGCAAAACUGCCACCUGAAGUGGCAAGGACCCCUGGCAUGUUCUUGCAAAGACCGUGUGGGCUAUCCCUUGACAUGCACUGCCCCCAGGCUACAUCUGCAAAAGGAGGAAGCAAGCCUGGAUAGCUCAGUUAGUCAGAGCGUGGUGCUAAUAACCCCAAGGUUGCAGGUUCAAUUCCAGUAAUGGACAGCUGCAUAUUCCUGCAUUGCAGGGGGUUGGGUGAGAUGAUCCUCAGGGUCCCUUCCAACUCUAUGAUUCUAUGAGUAGCUGUGGGGCUGUUCUGAGUCUCACAGGGAAGACCCUGGAGGUGGAGGUCAAUGCAUGUAGGCAGAUGAGCUUCAUGCCAAGUGAAUUGGAUGGUGCAUAAGAAUGACACCAAUGAAAGCCUGAAAUGUAUCUUGCAGCACCUGUAGUGAACUAGAUGCUUACAUUUAUGUUACAGGCCAAUGUUUUGUUUGUUGGACCUGCAUUUUUUUAAAAAAUGAAAAGGAGACUUCUGGCAAUGACUCAUUUCAAAGCGCAGCCGGUUACCUCCUCGAAGGACGAGUUUUGCCUUUGCAGUCUUCCCUCCUGCUUGCUUCAUCUGCCUUACCAGUUCUCCUUUAGUCUUCUGUUGGUGCAGAUCCUCCAGCACUCCAAAGGAGCAGGAAAUGUAAAGAGGCCAAACUGUCAUGUAUUUAAGCCAAUAAAACAUGGAUGUAUU